AUGUCUAGCACAUCUGCCCUCCAUUCGAAUGCAUGCCGCUGUAGUAAUGACUCUAAUGAAAAGGCGAAAGCCGAUAUUCGUGAUGUGGCGCGUGCGCAUGCUUGGCUUUCGUUGCAAUUUGCUCUGUACUUUGCACCCCAAAACGCCUCUUCGCUCGUGCUCACCGUUGGCCUCAGCAUAGGCCUCUCCGCAGUCAUGCAAACAUCCGCUCUUUCAUUACUAUGUUAUCUCUCCUUUUUAUCCGUUGCUCAGGCAUCGGUCACUGUCUACAGUCAAGUUCGUCUGGGAAGUCCUACAGGAACAGCAUCCGGCUCUGCAGCCUCAUAUACUGGCGCAGCCGCUUACGAUCCCACAAUACUGAAUCCUCCCCCAAUCCCUAGUCCAGCUCCUGCUACCCAAUUUACCCUGCAACUCGCUAGCAGCGCCCAAAAUGUUCAAGGACUCUCAAUUCCCCAGCCAGGCGCAUUCUUUGGCUUUAGCAUAGAAAUGUCAGUUAUAAAUCAAGUUAUUGGCAUCAAUUCAACCUUUCUCCAAGUCCCUUUCCUGAAUCUUAUGGCCAACGUCAAAGAACGCGCAGGACGAGUGCAUGUUCGGGUUGGUGGUAACACACAAGAGUAUGCCACUGUAGUUCCUACGCUGGCAGACGGAAAAGACAUGGAGAAGGACAAGACUUCUCUGACCAACCCCACCCAAACACCGGGACUGUUCCUCACCUACGACAUUUUUUACAUGCUCGCAAACGUCACAGCACUCACAAAUGUCAACUGGUAUCUUGGGGUACCAUUCAACGAUACCUCAAAUUUCCGUUUGCAGAUAGCUGAAAUCGGAGAAGCCGUCUUGGGCGAUCAUUUACUUGGGUUGCAAGUCGGCAAUGAGCCUGAUCUUUACUCUGCUCACGGCCAUCGUCCUCAAACUUAUAGUCCAUCUGAUUACUUUGGGGAAUUCGGUACGAUUAUACAGGCAAUUGCUAACGACGCCAACAUCCCUGUGAAAAACAAUCUCAUUGGUCCAUCUGUAUCUGGUACCUGGACGCCUGAGGAUGUCUGGAAUACCGGUUUCGUGCCUUCGUAUUCUAGCAGUCUCGGAGCCCUCGCCGUCGAACAUUAUCCUACCGACAAUUGCUACGCUGAAUACGGUAUUGGACAACCUGUUGAUCCACAGACCGUGUUCCCGCAAUUCCUCACCCAUGCAUCUGGGCAGGGGCUCGUCGCACCGUACCUCAACUCGACGAAUUACGCCCAAUCUCAAGGAAAGCCGUUUUUGAUGUUUGAGACGAACACCGCGUCUUGUGGUGGCUUCCCGGGUAUCAGUGACAGCUUUGGGGCUGCGCUUUGGGCUCUUGAUUAUGGUUUGCAGAUGGCAUAUAGCAACUUCUCCGGAGCCAUGUUACAUGUCGGUGGACAGAAUGUUUACUAUAACCCUUUCACUCCGCCGCCCACUAAUGAAAGUUCCUAUAACCAAUGGACUAUCGGUCCUGUCUACUAUUCGGUUCUCGCCCUUGCUGAAGCUUUCGGUACCUCCAACAACUCCCGUAUUAUCGAUCUCGGUGCGAAUAGCCAAAACCAAUACACUCCUGCGUAUGCCAUCUACGAGGGUAGCAACCUAGUGAAAGUCGCACUCUUUAACUUCAUGACGGAUCCAUCUGGCGCAAAUACAUACACAGCAACGAUCUCGAUCGAUGGUUCAGCUGCAGGCCUCCCGAACGGAGUCCCGACUCAAGCGCACGUCAAAUAUCUUUUGGCACCCUCAGUAUCCAGUAAGACAGACAUGACGUGGGCGGGCCAGACUUUGGGCGGCGUGUUCCAGUCAGAUGGUCGCCUCGCAGGUAGUCUCAAUGUCGAAACCGUUACUUGUGAUCAAAACGCCAACACUUGUCAAGUACAAGUCCCUGCGCCCGGUUUCGCGCUCGUGUUCCUUUCCCAGUCUAGUCUAUCCGAAGUGUCGCCUUCGGCCCCACAAACGUUUCCGACGACCGCCUACACACAGACUAUCAAUACGGUGACCAUCAAUCCUUCGGUACUUGCGACGUCGAAUGGACGUGGAAGGACAGGUGAACUGGGGAGCACGAGUAAAGGAAAUCCAAACGGAGCGAGCCGUGUGGGUGUUGUAGGUUCGGGAGUGGCUCUUUUGCUCUCUAUCGUCGUUGGUGCCUUUGUGAUUGGUCGAGAAGCAGUGCGGCUAUAG